GCGCACCCCGGUGGGAGGAGCCUAGCCUCGGUCUGUGUCAGGCAGCGGAGCGACCCUCUCAGCAGCAGAGUGGAGUCUGCGGGACACAAGCUGCCCGGAUCUGUGGAGCAGGCGGCGGAUAGAGGAGAAUCUUUUGAGGACCUGACCCGUUUCUCUGCCUCUAUGGUCCCAACUGAAGCCAAGGGCGCCAUGGCGAGCUGAUGCCAGAGGAGCAGCGGCUGAUAGCGGGGAGAUGUGUUAAGGAUCGUCUCUUCAGCUCUUUUGCUGCCUUGAAUCCACUCCAACUCCUUCAUCAGCUGUUAGAGAAGCGUGUCUGUGGCGAUGGGGAGGAAGAAGAUUCAGAUCACGCGGAUUGUAGACGAGAGGAACCGACAGGUGACCUUCAUGAAGAGGAAGUUCGGCCUGAUGAAGAAGGCGUACGAGCUGAGCGUGCUGUGCGACUGUGAAAUCGCUCUCAUCAUCUUCAACGGCUCCAACAAGCUGUUCCAGUACGCCAGUACGGACAUGGACAAGGUGCUGCUGAAGUACACCGAGUACAACGAGCCGCACGAGAGCCGGACCAACUCUGACAUCGUAGAGGCUCUGAACAAGAAGGAGCAUCGGGGCUGCGAAAGCCCAGACGGAGAGGCCUCGUACGUCCUCACCCCCACCACGGAGGAGAAAUACAAAAAGAUCAACGAGGAGUUUGACAACAUGAUGAAGAGUCAUAAAAUUUCGGCGGGUCAGCCGCCGCCGCCGCAGCACUUCCUGCAUGCCUCCCCUGGUGGUGCGGCUUACUGUCCAGGAGGAGGAGGAGCCACUUCGCAGGCUCUGGCGGCGGCCACGGCGGUCCUGGCCGACAGCGGGAUCCUGGCGCUGCCUCCCCACAGAAACAUAAACCCUUCACACAGACCCGCCAGCGCUGGACACACAGGAGGUCUGCAGGAGAACUCUGAUCUGGUUCAGCAAAACGGAUCUGGAGUGAAUGGCUUUGUGGGUUCCUGCGGUGGAAGCGGUUUGGGUAAAGUCGCUGCACCAAAAUCGCCUCCUCCUCCUCCUCCUCCUCCUCAGGGGAACAGUCUGGUCCUCAGCGGCCGCAAAGCCGACCUUCGAGUGGUCAUCCCUCACUCCAAAGCAGCCAUGUUGAACAACCAGAGGCUGAGCAGCAGUCAGUCGGGUCAGCCUCUGACCACGCCGGUGGUCUCCAUCAACACCCCCAGCCUGCCCCACCACAGUCUGGUCUACUCUGGCGUCGGCUACAGUGGCGAUUACGCCCUGAGCAGCGCGGAGCUGUGCGGCUUCGGCUCCGCCGCCGGCCCCUCCCUGGGCUCCAUGGCGGCGUGGGGGCAGCACCAGCUGAGCUCCUUAGGGUCAGGAAGCUCCAGCUUCUCCGUCGGCACAAACCACAACAUUAACAUCAAAGCGGAGCCCCUCUCCCCACCCCGCGACCUCCUCAGCCAGCCCGGAUACGUGGCCCAUCCUCUUCCUCACUCCUCUUCGUCCGCUCAAGCGGAGGUGGGGAGGUCUCCUGCAGACAGCGUAAGCUCGUCCUGCAGCUCCCACGAGGGCGGCAGCGAGCGCGAGGAGCAGCCGCCGAGGCCGGACUUCCACUCCCUCCCCGAGGGGCGGGCGGAGGGCGGCGAGAGCCCGACCUCCAAGCGAAUGCGUCUGGACGGCUGGGUGACAUAAACCCAGAAGUCACAUGACCUCGCAACAUCAGGACACAUAGGAAGGACACCGUAAGGCAGAGAUAUAAAUGUUUUAACGACACGUCAGGACUUUUUUCGGCCUUCGUCGCGGGACAAUCAGUCUUUUUCUUCGCCAAUAAAAAAAAGCUGGACUCUGAAGAGCGCCACUGCCAGUCAUGUGCAGUCCCAACCAGGUGUCAAUGCUGACUUACUCAGGGGUUUUGAAGCAUGAAGGCCACACUCCCGUCAUCGUCUGUUACCGAACAAUAUUUAAAUCAGCCAAAGCAGUAUGCUGUUUUUGUAACGUGUACAGAUCUUAGGUUCAAAGCUUCAAGCUUGUACAAUGGAAAUGUGUCUUUAUUAUUUCAUACAUUGUAUCCUUAAUAUAUGUGCAUCACACAUUA